AUGAGUACUGCCGGUGGUGACACAUUCAAAAUACUACUUGAUUGUGUAGAAAAAGGACAUAAUCGCAACAACGAUAAUCUUCCAUCUAUUUUCAGGGUUCCUAGUACGCUUAGAGAUAUUAGCCCAGGUUCAUUUGAGCCUCGGUUCGUCUCUAUAGGACCUCUGCACAGUAAACAUGAAAAUGCGCAACAAUCAUCAGGGCUGAAAGAGUCUUAUCUACACGACCUAUUCCAUAGUUUCGACUUCUCAGAUUCCAUGCGAGGGCAAGCUUUAAAAGAAUGUAUGGAAAUGGUAAAUACUUCCAUAGACCAAAUCAAGGCAUCAUAUUCAGGUAUGAAAAAUCCUGUUAGUGAUGACGAGCUUGCCAAGAUGAUGGUUCUGGAUGGUUGCUUCAUACUCGAAUUCUGCUUCAAGCAUUUCAAGGAUUACAAUAAGUAUCUGCCAAAUAAAAUGCAAAAUGUUUGUGUUGCCAUUGAUCUAAUUUUGGUAGAGAAUCAAAUUCCUUUCUUUGUUCUUCAACAUUUAUUCGACUGCACCCUCAAAAAACAUGUAACAAUUUCUCUUGCAAAAAUGCUUUAUACAGUUUUAGCAACCUACCUCCAUCCAUUCUACUAUCCCAUACCUGAAACCGAUUCAGUCCCAGAUGUUGCCACAUAUGAUCAUAUUCUUGGCCUUUUCCACAGAUGUUACGGGCUUCCACAAACUAACCCAUCAGACGAAAUCAAACCACUGGAACAUUCAGCAACUGAACCAUUAAACGAAACUGAAACCCCGGUACAUUCAGCUAUAGACCUUAACACGUCCAGUGGCCAAAAUAAAAAUUUCCCAAUGACCGUUCAGUUUAAACGAUGUUUGUUUGCAUGUUUUUCAUUUCUUGGCAAGCUUCUACAAACUGAGCCAUCAUACAAAACCGAACCACCAAUACAUUCAGUUUUAGACCUCGAGAGUUCAGGGGUGAAAAUUAUGCCUCACCAGAAUAUAGCAUUCCCAAUGACCAUUCAGUUUAAACCGUCUUGGUUUUCAUGGUUUCCUUUUUAUUGGGGCAAGCCUACUCUUCUUUUGCCACAACUUGUUAUAGAUGAUCAUAGUGAGCCAGUAUUGAGGAACUUUAUUGCGUAUGAGCAAUGUGUACCUCAAGUUCAUUAUCACUUUACAUCAUAUGCAUAUACCAUGUCUACACUAGUAUAUAGUGAAGAAGAUGUGUCUACGUUGAUGGAAUCAAAAGUUAUAAUCUACAGACUAGGUUCAAAUGAAGAGGCUGCAAAUCUGAUCAACAGACUAUGCAGAAACACAUCACUUGUCGAUUUCUGUUACACCCAACAGUUCAGAGACUUGGAUAACUAUUACAGUGGUUACUGGCCCCAACUUUUUGCAUUGUUAAAUUAUGCAAGGAUAAAACGUACAUAUUUCAGAAGUCCUUGGAAUGCCAUUGGUCUAAUUGCUGGAAUCAUCUUAUUCUUUCUUACCGUUGUUCAAACUUACUUUACCAUCUGGCAGCCCAAGUAA